UUGAUCAGAACCUCACAUCGUCUCGGACAAAGAUGCAGCCAUACGUACUGGCCGUGCUCUGCCGAUAAAGCUUCGAAUUACCUGGAAGAACGCGGAGCAGAGGCUCGACAGGUGGCUGUUUUGUGGACACUCCGCACAACACGCAGGUUCCAGCGCGCACCGCCGCGAUGCUGUUACCGUCCGGCACACUGUUGCUGCUGCUGGCGGCUCUCUACUCCACUGUAGACAUGACAGGGGCUGAGGGCUGCGGGGCAUCAUGUGGAAAAUGUGACUGCAGUGGUGUGAAAGGAGCAAAGGGUGAACGUGGAUUUCCUGGUCUUCAGGGUAAUAUGGGAUUUCCAGGGAUGCAGGGACAUGAGGGGCCUCCAGGACCAAUGGGCCCCAAGGGAGAUCUGGGUGAGCCUGGAGCUCCUGGCCUGAAAGGAGUGCGAGGUCCUCCUGGUCUGCCAGGUUUCCCAGGAAACCCAGGACUGCCGGGCAUUAAUGGAAAUGAUGGUCCACCUGGUCUACCCGGUAUCCCAGGAUGCAACGGGACUAAAGGAGACAGAGGAAGAGAUGGUGCUCCUGGUUUUCCUGGUCUUCAAGGGCCUCCUGGUAUCGCAGGAGUUCCUGGAAUGAAGGGUGACCCUGGUGGUGUGAUGGGGAUUGCUCCCCUGAAAGGAGAAAGAGGAUAUCCUGGCCAACCUGGACGGCCUGGAACACCAGGCCCUCCUGGACCUAUCGGACCUCCAGGACCUCGUGGAUAUCAAGGGCUCAAAGGUGAUGCAGGCCCCCCUGGUCCUCCGGGAGAGAAGGGUGACAGGCUGGCCUUUGUGAGUGAGAAAGGAGAUAAGGGUGAUCGAGGAUUUCAAGGCCCCCCCGGCCCUCCUGGAGGUUCACCAGGGGAAGUGGAAGGACAUACCACAAUAUACGUACCUGGAUCACCGGGCGUAAGAGGACUUCCAGGGGACAAAGGAGACAAAGGCUUUUGCGUCCCUUAUCUUGAUGGAAUGAAAGGAGAGCCCGGACCACCUGGACAAAGAGGUAAAUCUGGUAAGGAUGGAGAGGACGGACCAAAGGGAGAAAAAGGCUUUUCUGGAGCUCCUGGUUUGCCUGGUUCUCAGGGUGAAAAGGGAGAAAGAGGACCUCCAGGUCAUGGUGAAGGCCCCCCUGGCCCCCCUGGCUCUCGUGGUCUCCCAGGGUUACAAGGAGAAAAAGGUUUCACUGGUCCUCGUGGAGAAGCAGGUCCGCCAGGUCGGCACAUUGAAGGUCCUCGUGGAGAGCAGGGUCAGAAGGGAGAUGUGGGCGAAAAAGGAGACAGGGGUAUAGAGGGAGAGUCUCUGGUUGGACCUCCUGGACAACCUGGACUCACUGGACCGCCUGGACCACCCGGAGAACCAAUUGAUGCUAAUGAAUGUGACAUUCAGAAGGGAGCUCCUGGCCCACCUGGACCUCCAGGGUUACAAGGGGAAGUGGGACAGAAAGGUGACAAAGGAGAUACCUGUGUUCAAUGUGAGGGCAGUGGCCCACCUGGACUACCUGGAGACCAGGGUCCUAAAGGAGACCGAGGACCUCCUGGUGCAGUUGGCGGCAAAGGAGAAAAGGGUGUUCCUGGGCUUCCUGGACAACCUGGAAGACCUGGUUCUCAAGGAACUCCUGGACUGAUGGGGGCUCCCGGUGCUGUCGGUGAGCCAGGUGACAUUUACGUAGCUCCUGGUCUUAAGGGAGACAAAGGUCUUCCUGGUCAAAGUGGUUUACCAGGUAAACCAGGUGUGGACGGACUACCCGGGAGAGAUGGCUUACCGGGUCAACCUGGUCUCAAAGGAGAACCCGCCAAAGAAGGUAUCAAGGGUGAACGUGGACCAGACGGCAACCCUGGUCUUAUUGGACCACCGGGAGAGAGGGGUCCACCUGGUGUGCCAGGCUUUGGCCGACCAGGAGAGCCUGGAGAGAAGGGUAGUCAGGGGAGACCAGGAAUUCCUGGAGCUAAUGGAAUACCAGGUGCAAAAGGUGAGCCAGGUGUAGCUGUGAGCUCUCCUGGACCUCAGGGGGCACCUGGACCUCGAGGAGAAACUGGUAUAACUGGAAUUCAAGGUGACAGAGGCCUUCCAGGAGCCCCGGGGUUGCCAGGUUUUCCUGGAGACAAGGGUGAACAUGGACCACCUGGAAUUGGAUUUCCAGGCCCAUCUGGUCCUAAAGGAAUCAGUGGAAUUCCAGGAGCACCAGGAUUACCAGGAGAACCAGGAAGGCCAGGGCAGGAUGGCUUAACUGGAAAACCUGGUGUACCUGGACAAAAGGGUGAACCUGGAAUAGGUCGUCCAGGUCCAAAAGGUUCACAGGGUCCCCAAGGAAUUACUGGCUUCCAGGGAGAUAAGGGUGGCAUGGGAAUGCCUGGGAUUCCUGGGCAAGAAGGACAGACAGGACCACCGGGACCUCAGGGAAUCAAAGGUGAAAUUGGGCCACCUGGACCACCUGGACAGGUUGGUGCACCAGGUGCACCAGGAAAAGGCUCACCUGGAGCUCCUGGACCACAAGGACCACCUGGAGAGCCUGGACCAUUUGGGAGGGAAGGUGUAAAGGGAGAGAAGGGCUACCCAGGUGCUCCUGGUCUAGACAUGCCGGGCCCUCAGGGAGAGAAGGGAACCCCUGGGUUCCCAGGAAUCCCAGGUUCCAAAGGACUACCAGGGCCACCGGGCUUACCAGGCAGGGACGGAUACAUCGGAAACCAAGGUCCUAAAGGUGAAAUGGGGUUCAUAGGAACACCGGGAGUACCUGGAAUACCUGGACCACCAGGUACUCCUGGAUCUCCUGGUCUGAGAGGUGAUCCUGGUAUUACUGGACCAAGAGGUGAUAUUGGAGAGCCUGGACUGAAGGGAGAAAGGGGAGAGCCAGGUAUUGCGGGACCUCCUGGGAACAUGACUAAAAUCGAAAUGGAAAACAUGAAGGGGCAGAAAGGAGAGAGUGGAGACACAGGUAUACCUGGAGUCAGUGGAGAGAAGGGCCACCAAGGACUUCAAGGAGACCCUGGAAUGCCGGGCAAAGAUGGAGAGCCUGGAUUACCUGGACAACCUGGUGAGAAAGGAGACUCUGGUGUUCCUGGAGAGCCUGGCAGUAUGGGACAACCUGGACAGAAGGGCAACGUUGGGGAGAUGGGAAUACCAGGUCCUGUUGGUCCAAAGGGUACUAAAGGAGAUUUUGGUACACCGGGACAUCCUGGAUUCAGAGGCACAGAUGGAGAAAAAGGAGACAGGGGAAUACCUGGUGAGCCAGGUAUCGGGCUCCCAGGACGUCCAGGAGAAAAGGGUCAGACCGGUCAGGCAGGAUUCCCAGGAAUACCUGGAGAGAAGGGUCAGAAGGGUCACGAGGGUAUGCCUGGCAAGCCAGGACUGCAAGGAUCCAAGGGAGACCAAGGAGCCGUUGGCUAUCCAGGUCAGGCAGGUAGACCAGGUGAGAAGGGCACUCCUGGCCUUCCUGGGUCUGCAGGAGAACCUGGUCGUGAAGGCCGACCUGGUGAAGGUGGGAUGCAGGGACCUCCGGGUCCUCGUGGAGACAAAGGAGAGCCUGGAGUGGACGGCAUCCCCGGAUCCUCAGGAGAGAGAGGAGACCCGGGUAUACCUGGUCACGGUUUGCCUGGAUCACCUGGAGCACUUGGUAGCAAAGGUGACAAAGGUAGUCCUGGUUUUCCUGGUGCUCCAGGUCAUGCAGGUGUCCCUGGUAUCAAAGGUGAUAAGGGGCUUCCAGGCCCACAGGGACCCCAGGGUGAGCCAGGAGAGCAGGGUCACCCAGGUAUCUCUCUAGAGGGCCCUAAGGGAGAGAGAGGAGAAACAGGACAACCCGGAGAAGGAGGAUCCCCAGGAGCACCAGGACCUUCUGGCUUGCCAGGCCAAGAUGGUCAAAAGGGAGAUAAAGGAGAUCAGGGUCUUCCUGGUUUCCAGGGAGAGUCGGGACACAAGGGUGACCCUGGAUAUCCUGGACUUCCUGGACAACCUGGCCUUCCAGGUAUUGAUGGACAGAAGGGAGAGAGAGGAUUGCAGGGUGUUCCUGGCUUCCCAGGUGUAAAGGGUUCUGUGGGGGACUUUGGAUUUAAAGGAGAAGUUGGAGACAGAGGAUUCCCAGGAGAGAAAGGUAAUGAUGGCCCUCCUGGUCCCCCCGGCCCUCACGUUUUCGUCAAAGGAGACAUUGGUUUCCCAGGAAUUCAAGGUUUGCCUGGACCUCAGGGGCCAACUGGGUUCCAGGGACUGAAAGGACAGCAAGGUGUGACAGGUAUUUCAGGUCCAAAAGGUGAAGAAGGUCUCCCUGGAUAUAACGGUCAGCCUGGAGCCAAAGGAGAGCCUGGCCUUCCAGGGCCACAGGGACCCAGAGGACAUCCUGGACCCCCAGGACCUGAUGGUGUUCCAGGACAACUGGGUCCACCUGGUCCCUCUUCCAUGGAUCAUGGGUUCCUGGUAACACGUCACAGCCAAACAGUGGAUAUUCCAUUAUGUCCUGAGGGAACCUCACUCAUAUAUGAUGGCUACUCAUUGCUCUAUGUACAAGGCAACCAGCGCUCUCAUGGACAGGACUUAGGUUCGGCAGGCAGCUGUCUGAGAAAGUUCAGCCCCAUGCCCUUCCUGUUCUGUAACAUCAACAAUGUGUGCAACUUUGCCUCUCGUAAUGAUUACUCCUACUGGCUCACCUCACCUGAGCCCAUGCCAAUGAGUAUGGCACCUGUCACUGGUCAAAGCAUCAAACCCUUCAUCAGCAGGUGUGCUGUAUGUGAAGCCCCUGCCAUGGUGAUAGCAGUUCACAGUCAGACCAUCAUGAUCCCACCUUGCCCUCAAGGCUGGGACUCUUUGUGGAUUGGCUACUCCUUCGUCAUGCACACCAGUGCUGGUGCUGAGGGUUCAGGUCAGGCUUUGGCCUCUCCUGGUUCCUGUCUGGAGGAAUUCCGCAGUUCUCCGUUCAUUGAGUGUCAUGGUCGGGGAACCUGCAACUACUACGCCAAUUCCUACAGCUACUGGCUUGCCACUAUCGAAGACAACGAGAUGUUUACGAAACCUGUCCCCACAACGCUAAAGGCAGGCAAUCUCCGAACACACAUAAGCCGCUGUCAAGUGUGCAUGAAGAGGACAUAAACCCCAUUACCUGAGUUCUCCGUUUUAACAUGCAAGCAAUAAGGAGUGCAUCGACGUCCUCGGCUUGGCUUUACUCCCCGUUUUCAAAGGAUGGUGCUAUUUCCCUGCAUGUCAUGUGUAAGAGAAGAGGGGCAGAAACAUGGCAACAGCCAAAGGUUGAACUUUACAAACCAGAUCACAGAGACCAAGUGGCCUUUUGCUUGAUGCAGAUACACACAAUCACAACAUGUUUCUAAAGAAUGGCACCCAGUUUACCACUGCACUGAGUACAUGCCCCCUAAACUGGUAAACUGGUGUUCAUUUUGAAAGGGCUGUUUGUGUAAGUCAGGUGCUAUUGAAUCUUUCUUGUCUUGCCUUUUCCUUUCCUUUUGUUUCCCUUCCCUACCAGUGCCACAUGGCUCAAAGAUAUAGCUACACAUUAUUUUAGAGUUUCACACCUUAUAACGUGUUUAAACGUACUAAUGUAAAGGAUGGGGCUUACCACUGGUUACUUGCCAUUUGCUACAAUACCAUAAUGUUGCCAACACAGAUAUAUACCGAUCACUCUGUUGUAAAUAUGAUGCAUUCCUUUUUAACAUAGUUCAACAUACUCUCCUCAGGUUAUUACUGAAUUACUUUGUGUGUUAUUAAGCCCAUUUUUAUUUAUAAGAUUUAUGAGAAUAUGUUGGACUUGAGUUUAUCUGAGAUUCCAUAUAACCAAAAACAACGUUUCAACCGCCAGCGCCUUAUUAACAUACAAAACAGCACUGAAAAAGCAUUGACAGGUGUGUGUGUGUGUGUGUGUGUGUGUGUGUGUGUGUGUGUGUGUGUGUGUGUGUGUGUGUGUGUGUGUGUGUGUGUGUGUGUGUGUAGGUGUGUGUAGGUGUGUGUGCGUGUGUGUGUGUACAUAUAUGAAUGCAUUGGAGUGGUCUGGAAAUGGUGUAUGUGUGUUGUGAUGUCUGCAUAUAUUUUGUUGCACAACUCUGUUGUUGACAUUAUCUGAAACAAAUGCACAAAAAGAAACAGACAGUAAAAGGAAAGCAUCUUUUCUAUGCCCUGUCAGUAUGUACCAGCCGCGUCUCAAAGAUCUGACUCUUUUCACAUCAAAGUGAACCAAAUCUUUCUCAUCUUUGAUUCCCAAAGAAAUGCACAUGUAUAUAUACUUACACAUAACACGUACUUGCAGUUCUGCUCGUAUACUUGACUGUUUCCAUUUGUGAAUUACUUUUGUCAUCCCUGUUGAUUCAGUCAUGGUUGCAUAUUCAAGUCAAAAAUAGCAUCUACGCAGGUUGAGAUGCUGUAUAAGGUCUUAAGAUAUUGUUUUUGCAUUAGAAGAUAAUGUCAGUAACGAGUUGAUCCUUGAAAUCCUCUUGGACCCUAGUCAUUGUUUCUGUGUCUCUUUCAGAGCUAUUUAGAGAUGCAAACUGUCUAAGUUACAGCAGUUACUCUUACCUAACUGCACCCUGUUUUAGUUUGUGUGUGGUUUCUGGCUGUGAUAAAAUGCUCAAUUACAGUAUUAGCAGUAUUCGCCAACAUGAAGCAAAUGUCCUUGCAGUUGGAAUGAUCUUCAAUGAUUAACAAACAGAACAGAACACACUUCAUCAGCAUUUUGUAUUUUCCACAUCCCAUACUGUGUAAUUCCUGCAAUAAAAUGAUUUGUAGAAUAUUCUUAUUAAUUUA